AUGACAAGAGUUGAGUGCUUUGGCGGGUAUGGCUCGUUUGGGGAAAUGGAGCACUUCGAGGCAGACGACCGGGAGGACAUCGUCGCCAUCGCCGGAGGGCAUGUAGCGACAUACGCAGCAACGAAGACAAUGCUAUUGGGAUGGGGGACGGGACUUCACGGCGAGAGCCUCAGCCCGCUCACGUCUCGAUGGUCGCUGUCGGUGCGAAGUAUUGCCUGCGGUGGGUCGCAUGUGCUUCUGUGCACAACAACAGGAGAGUGUCUUUGGUGGGGCGAUCAGUUCAAUACCAACGCCACUCAACCAAAACCUGUUGUCUUUCCUUCCCCAGAUGUCUUCGUGACCCAAGUAGCUGCCGGCGAAGCACACUCCCUCGCCCUGGAUGCCGCCACCGGGCGAGUGUUCAGUUGGGGGUCGAAUGCGUUUGGCCAGUGCAGUGUCACCAAGGAUGAAGCCAUCGUCACUGGGGUGCCUGUGCCCCAAAGUCGGUUCAUUGCCGCAGGGGCCCACCACAGCGCCGUGAUCUCAUGCGAUGGGCAUUUGUACACGUUUGGGUGGGGACUGUACCAUCAAUUGGGGCACGGAACCACCAACAACGUCUUCACCCCGACGCGCGUCCGCAGUUUGGAAGGCGUCGGACAACUGCAGCGCAACCACUUCACAGGACUCGCCCGAGUCGCUUGUGGGGCGUGGCACACGGCAGCUCUCACUACGACCGGCGAUGUGUACACGUGGGGCUGGGGCCAGCACGGCCAACUCGUACGCGAUCUGUUUUUCCCAUUCUCCGUACUUCGAAGUAAUUGGCAUGUGUUGUUUGCAGGGCCAUGCGACACUGGCUAGCCAAGCGUUUCCAACACUGCUGGAUGUGGACUACACUGUCGCAGACGUUAGCUGCGGCACUCGACACACGACAGUGCGCACGGUGGACGGCGCCGUCCACCGGUGGGGCUUCACAGGUCCAUCGCGUCGGAUCGUCGCGGGCCAAAGCGCCAACGCAAACUCAACCCAUGUCCAAGUUAAGGCAGAACCAUGCCACCGUAUCGCAUCUGGCGCGUACCACGACGUGCUCGUAAUAACUUAAAAAAGACCAACCACACAAACCAG